AUGACUUCUGUUGGAGUUCUUGCUGCUAGCGCAGCUAUAGCCUCGAUUAGCUCCAGACUUGAAGUGAAUUCCAAUUGGAAGGUGUCUGCUCAUGAUUUAUCGCCAAAUGCCAAAGACAACUCUUUAAUCACAGAAGUCUCCAAAAGCGAUUUCUUUAUUUUGGCCACAGAUGAUUUACAACAACUUGACGAAAUUUUGUUUCAAGAAGAACCCAACUUCUUAAAAAACUUUCCACAGAAAGCAGUACUUCUUUUGAGCGCGGUAUCACACAAGUACUAUGACACACUCUCUCAACGCAUUGCUCAGGCAGGCAGGCCAGACAUCCUACUUGUUGACUACUAUACCAGCAAUGGUGGCAAAACGGCAGCCGAAGAAACAGUCAGUAUUUGGGUAUCGGGUACGAACGAAGCCCUCGCAGCAUCAGAAAGCCUUCUUCGCGAUCUUUCCGACAGACUGCAUGUGAUUCCUGGUGGCCUGAGCUCAGCCAGUAAAGUGGCCCUAGUUAGUCAAUUGUUGAUCGGGAUUCACGUUGCCACUGCUGCCGAAGCAACGGGACUUGCUGAAAAGGCUGGUCUAUUUACAGAAGCAUACGAGAUCGUUCGAAAUGCUGCUGGUGGAUCUACAGUAUACGAGAGUCUUGUUCCCCUUAUGCUGAGAAAAGAGUGGGAAUCAAACACUCAGCUCAGUGCUCUGCUAAAAAACCUGGACUCCGCCAUUGUGGCUGCAAGGGAGCUUCAUUUUCCGUUACCUUUGGGAUCAACGGCUGAACAAAUCUGUCUCUCGGGUGCCGCGCAAUCGUAUGGCGAUGAAGACGUCGCUGGCUUAGUACGACUAUUUGCCCCAGCACAAUCCCAGAGCUCUCCAGCACCUGUACCGGCGAACGAUCCUCACGCUGCUCUCUUGACGCCGCCAUCCUCGGAAGUCUCCAAUGUUGCUGUUAUCGGCUUAGGUGCCAUGGGCCAGGGGAUGGCUCGAUCACUCGUCCGAGGAGGGUUUGCCUCCGUGAAGGGGUAUGACACUUAUCCUCCUUCAAUCGAGAAAUUCAUUUCUGCUGGUGGCAAUGCCCUGCCAGCAUCGUCCCCGUCAGAGGCUGCCAAGGAUUCGGAGGUACUAGUCAUUGUUGUGCAGAACGCCGCUCAAGUUGAAGAUGUGCUGUUCGGAUCCGGAAAGGCUGCCGAUGCGCUUCCCAACGGAGCGUCAGUGGUUCUCAGCUCAACAGUACCGCCAUCUUUUGCCAAAGAGAUAGAGCAGAGACUCAAUGGCCUAGGACGUGACAUCAGGCUGGUUGAUGCACCCGUCAGUGGCGGCGUGGUACGCGCCGCUCAGGGACAGUUGACAAUCAUAUGCUCAGGCAAUCACUCAGCGCUCCAGGCUACUCAUUCCGCUCUUCUUGCUAUGGCAGGAAUUGAGAGCAACAUAUGCAGGGUGAAUGGUGGCGUCGGCGCUGCUUCGUCCGUGAAACUCAUCAACCAGCUGUUAGCCGGGGUUCAUAUUGCUGCCAGUGCUGAGGCCAUGGCAUUCGCAUCACGCCUCGGCCUUAACACCAGGACUGUCUUCGAAUUAUUCAACCAGUCUCCUGCUUGGAGUUGGAUGUUUGAGAACAGAGUGCCUCAGAUGCUCAGCGCGGAUUGGACUCCACACUCUGCGCUCGCUAUCUUUGUCAAGGAUCUCGGUAUUGUUCUAACAGAGGCCAAGAGACUUACUUCAUACACACCAAUCUCUUCCACUGCGCACACUCUUUAUCUUGACGGGGCUGCCAGAGGCUGGGCCAAAGAGGCUGACGCUGGUAUCUGUCGCCUCUGGGAGUCGGCUGGGGCAUCGGUGAGCAAGAGCGCAUCAAAGCCACCACAAGCCAAACACACCAACGAAGACAUUGAAGUUAAGCCUGCAGCAGAAGUUUUCAAAACACUUCCUCAAGAAUAUCAGGUGGACCUACUUAGCUCAACAGCGAAAGAGGUCGCACAGGGCAAGGUCCCCGUUCUCGUUGUUCUUGAUGAUGAUCCCACAGGAACACAAACCUGCCAUGAUAUUGAUGUGCUUACUAUUUGGGAUGUCGAAACUUUGAAGGAACAGUUUCUGACAGGAUCGCGGGGCUUCUUCAUUUUAACAAAUAGCCGUGCUCUACCUCCCAUUGAGGCUCGAGCCCUCAUCGUGGGUAUUUGCGAAAACAUCAAUCUUGCUGCCAACCUCACCAAUCAACACUUUGAAAUUGUCCUCCGGGGCGACUCAACCCUCCGUGGGCACUUGCCAGAAGAGCCUGAGGCCGUAGAGGAGGUUCUGGGAAAGACCGAUGGAUGGGUGCUGGCACCAUUCUUCCGCCAGGGAGGACGUUUCACAAUUAAUGAUGUCCACUAUAUCCAGGAAGGAGAAGACCUUGUACCAGCGGCGCAGACCCCCUUCGCACAAGAUGCUACCUUUGGCUACAAGAACUCAGACCUGAAGGCAUAUGUCCUGGAGAAAUGUGGUGCACGAUUCAACAAUUCUUCGUUUGUAUCCAUCACGCUCGAGGACAUCCGCCAAGGAGGACCAGACCAAGUUAAGAGCAAGCUCCUUGGCCGACCGCGGGGGUCAGACGAUGUGAUCAUCGUUAAUGCGGUUUCCGACUCUGACAUGGAUGUAUUCGUCUCAGGUUUAAUGGCGGCCGAGGCUGAAGGCCGCCGCUACUUAUAUCGAACGGCUGCUGCCUUCGUAUCAUCAAAACUCGGGAUCAGGGGUAUUCCGCCAUUGACUUUGGACGAUUUACAGAAGUCUUCAUCUUCUAGCAACUCGUCCGCAGGUGGCUUGAUUUUAGCAGGAUCUUAUGUGCCGAAGACGACAGCACAGCUGCAGUCUCUGUGUGACAGAAGGGGUGAAAACCUGGCAGUCAUUGAGCUCCAAGUCCCCGAGCUUAUCAAGUCAAAGGAGAGUGCCGAAGAGGUUGUCCAGAAGGCAGUUGGCCUGGCCAAUGACUUUAUCUCGGCCGGAAAAGACGUCCUGGUCAUGACUUCGCGAGCACUAAUUAAGACUGACGAUGGUCUGACUUCUCUCAAAAUCGGAUCGGAAGUUGCUGCAGCACUUGUCAGCAUCUUGGAAAAUAUUACUAUCCGCCCACGAUAUGUCAUUGCAAAGGGUGGCAUCACCUCAUCGGAUGCAGCCACGAAAGGUUUGCGAAUGCGAAGAGCCAGGAUUCUUGGCCAAGCUGCGCCUGGAGUUCCGAUUUGGAGGUGCGAGGAAGAAACUAGCCGACACAGGGGUGUUCCAUUUGUAGUCUUCCCCGGGAAUGUAGGAGACGAAAAUACCCUGGCCAAGGUUGUCGAGGGCUGGGCAGUACAACAGUAA